UAGACCAGUGAGAACUUUACCCAAUAAAUAAACACAUGCGUUUACCUUGCCAGCUUUAAAAAUCCUUCUUCUCUCUUCUUCUAGUUCUAGCCUCAGAGAAAUUUGCAGAGCAGCCACAUUCUUUUCCUUCUACUUUGGACUUCCUCAAAACAAGAUUUUUCUCUUUUUUCCCAAGUCAGAAUUCUGAAUUUUCUUGUCUUUGGGAUUCCUUGAUCGUGUAAUGAGAAACUUGAAUCAGAUCCAUGGAAUCAUCCCAGAAUAAUCCUUUUCCCCCCACCAAAAUAACCCAUAAUUCCCACAAGUCCACCCAGAUCCAUCUUCAUACAAUAGCAAUUUCGUUCAUUUAUUCAAACCCAGCUCUUUCUUCCUCCAGAUAAAGAUACCCAGAUCUUCAAACCCCAAAAAGAACCAUGAAAAACACAUCGAAAUUGUUCACGAUCGGGCUAGUAGCAUCAUGGUACUCGUCCAACAUUGGUGUCUUGCUGUUGAACAAGUAUUUACUAACCAAUUAUGGUUUCAAAUACCCAAUCUUCUUAACCAUGUGUCACAUGACAGCUUGUUCCUUGCUAAGCUACAUCGCAAUUGCUUGGAUGAAGAUGGUUCCAAUGCAGACCAUUCGAUCCAGGGUUCAGUUUCUCAAGAUCUCGGCUUUGAGUUUGGUUUUUUGUAUAUCAGUUGUGUUCGGCAAUAUUUCUCUGAGAUUCCUGCCGGUUAGUUUUAAUCAGGCCGUCGGGGCUACGACGCCUUUUUUUACUGCGAUCUUCGCCUACUUGAUGACACUGAAGAGGGAGGCUUGGCUUACUUAUCUUACCCUUGUCCCUGUUGUUACCGGGGUUAUCAUUGCCAGUGGGGGUGAACCUAGUUUCCAUCUAUUCGGUUUUAUCAUGUGCAUUUCGGCUACAGCUGCAAGAGCUCUAAAGUCAGUUUUACAAGGAAUUUUGCUUUCUUCUGAAGGGGAGAAGCUGAAUUCCAUGAACCUCCUUCUCUACAUGGCGCCAAUAGCUGUUGUAUUUUUACUUCCUGCAACGCUCAUUAUGGAAGAAAAUGUGGUCGGUAUUACACUUGCCCUUGCUAGAGAUGACACCAAGAUCAUUUGGUAUCUAAUAUUCAACUCAGCUCUAGCAUAUUUUGUGAAUUUGACCAACUUUUUGGUCACGAAACACACCAGCGCCCUGACAUUACAGGUUCUAGGAAACGCAAAAGGAGCAGUGGCUGUGGUGGUUUCAAUUUUAAUUUUUAGAAACCCAGUCUCCGUUACUGGAAUGCUUGGUUAUGCACUCACUGUCUUUGGGGUUAUACUCUACAGCGAAGCCAAGAAACGAAGCAAAUGACACAUCCUAGAUAUGUAAUAUGUAUGUGAUCGUUGUAUAUUUUGUUUCCUUUAUCGUGAGGACUGCAACAAUGUUCGAAGAGAGGUACGUCCAGGGCUGUAUUGUAGCAUAUGAUGCCUUGGGUUCAAUACUUUCUUUACCCUUGAAGCUUGGGAAACCACAUUUUCUUUCGAACUGGCAACAGCUGCAUGAUUUAGUCAGAAAUUAGAAACUCCAAUAAGUGACUGAUUCGUCUCUAUCCCUCCCAGCUUGGGGCUGUAGAGGAAUAUUGUUUUUAUGUUUUUUAUUCCUUCAGGGCAAAAGAAAGAAGAGGUUGUAAAAUUUGUAUUACUACACCGUCGAUCUGUUGUUACAAUUUACAGUGUUGAUUAAUUAAUGGAAAGGAAUCUCAUGAGUUUUACCAUUUUUAG